AUGCACCGUGCUCAUUGCCACGUACUGCUUAGUAAAUCCAUCUUUUUCUUCCUUUCCUCCUAGGAUCCUGCAGGAAUCUUUGAACUGGUGGAGCUUGUUGGCAAUGGUACCUAUGGGCAGGUCUAUAAGGGUCGUCAUGUUAAAACAGGCCAGCUUGCUGCUAUUAAGGUUAUGGACGUCACCGGGGAUGAAGAGGAAGAGAUCAAACAAGAAAUUAACAUGCUGAAGAAGUAUUCUCACCACCGAAAUAUCGCUACGUAUUAUGGUGCUUUCAUUAAAAAGAACCCACCAGGAAUGGAUGAUCAGCUGUGGCUGGUGAUGGAGUUCUGCGGCGCAGGCUCUGUCACCGACCUCAUCAAGAACACGAAGGGCAACACCUUGAAGGAGGAGUGGAUUGCCUACAUCUGCAGAGAGAUUUUACGGGGUUUGAGUCAUCUACACCAGCACAAAGUAAUUCAUCGAGACAUCAAGGGACAGAAUGUAUUGCUGACAGAAAAUGCAGAGGUUAAACUAGUGGAUUUUGGUGUCAGUGCCCAGCUGGACAGAACGGUGGGCAGGAGAAACACCUUCAUUGGAACGCCUUACUGGAUGGCCCCCGAGGUCAUUGCCUGCGACGAAAAUCCCGACGCCACUUACGACUUCAAGAGUGACUUGUGGUCUCUGGGGAUAACAGCCAUCGAGAUGGCAGAAGGCGCUCCCCCUCUCUGUGACAUGCACCCCAUGAGAGCCCUCUUCCUCAUCCCCCGCAACCCAGCCCCGAGGUUGAAAUCAAAGAAGUGGUCUAAAAAGUUUCAGUCCUUCAUUGAGAGCUGCCUAGUGAAGAACCACAGCCAGAGACCGACCACAGAGCAGCUGAUGAAGCAUCCCUUCAUCCGAGACCAGCCCAACGAACGGCAGGUCCGCAUCCAGCUCAAGGACCACAUCGACAGGACUAAAAAGAAGCGAGGCGAGAAAGAUGAGACAGAGUAUGAGUACAGUGGAAGUGAGGAGGAGGAGGAGGAAAAUGACUCUGGAGAGCCCAGCUCCAUCCUAAACCUGCCUGGGGAGUCGACGCUGAGACGAGAUUUCCUGAGGCUGCAGCUGGCGAACAAGGAGCGGUCCGAGGCGCUGCGCCGGCAGCAGCUGGAGCAGCAGCAGCGGGAGAACGAGGAGCACAAGCGGCAGCUGCUGGCCGAGCGGCAGAAGCGGAUCGAGGAGCAGAAGGAGCAGAGGCGAAGGCUGGAGGAGCAACAGAGACGGGAGAAAGAGCUGCGGAAGCAGCAGGAGCGGGAGCAGCGGCGGCACUACGAGGAGCAGAUGCGGCGGGAGGAGGAGCGGCGGCGCGCAGAGCACGAGCAGGAGUACAUCAGGCGACAGUUAGAGGAGGAGCAGAGACAGUUAGAGAUCCUGCAGCAGCAGUUGUUGCAGGAGCAAGCACUACUUCUGGAGUACAAGCGCAAGCAGCUGGAGGAGCAGCGGCAAGCAGAGAGGCUGCAGAGGCAGCUCCAGCAGGAGAGGGACUACCUGGUGUCCCUCCAGCAGCAGCAGCAGCAGCAGCAGCAGCGGCAGGACCAGAGGCCGGCAGAGAAGAAACCUCUCUACCAUUACAAAGAAGGGAUAAAUGCCAGCGAGAAACCAGCAUGGGCCAAGGAGGUGGAGGAGCGCUCCCGGCUCAACCGCCAGAGCUCGCCAGCCAUGCCCCACAAGGUGGCCAACAGGAUUUCUGACCCCAACCUGCCUCCUCGCUCGGAGUCUUUCAGCAUCAGCGGCGUGCAGCCGGCCCGGACCCCACCCCUGCUCCGGCCUGUGGACCCACAGAUUCCACAUCUGGUCACUGUGAAAUCCCAAGGAAGCUCCUUGUCUGGGUCUCAGUCACUGCAUGAACAGCCUGCAAAGGGACUGGCUGGGUUUCAGGAGGCUCUGACGGUGACCUCUCACCGCACUGAGAUGCCAAGGCAGAACUCGGACCCCACCUCAGAAAACCCUCCUCUGCCCCCUCGCAUUGAAAAGUUUGACCGAAGUUCUUGGUUACGGCAGGAGGAAGACAUUCCACCAAAGGUGCCUCAACGAACCACUUCCAUAUCCCCUGCUCUGGCGAGGAAGAACUCCCCAGGCAAUGGCAGUGCCCUGGGGCCCCGGCUGGGCUCCCAGCCCAUUCGGGCAAGCAACCCAGACCUAAGGAGGACGGAGACCAUUGUGGAGAGCCCACUGCAGAGGACCAGCAGCGGCAGCUCCUCCAGCUCCAGCACUCCCAGCUCCCAGCCCAGCUCCCAGGGUGGGUCCCAGCCUGGCUCCCAGGCUGGCUCCAGUGAGCGCAACAGAGUCAGAGGGAACGCCAAGCCCGAAGGGUCCCCUGUGCUCUCCCAUGAGCCUGCCAAGGUAAAGCAGGAAGACAACAGGGACGUGACGCGACCGAGCCGACCCGCUAGCUAUAAGAAAGCUAUAGAUGAGGGAGAAAUGGAUCUGACGGCCUUGGCCAAAGAGUUGAGGGAGCUGCGCAUCGAAGAAACCAAUCGCCCCCUGAAGAAGGUGACGGACUACUCCUCCUCCAGCGAGGAGUCGGAGAGCAGCGAGGAGGAGGAGGAGGAUGGGGAGAACGAGACACAUGAUGGGACCGUGCCUGUCAGUGACAUCCCACGGCUUAUACCAACGGGAAUUCCUGGAAGCAAUGAGCCGUACAACCUGGGAAUGGUGACAACCCACGGGAUAGAGACUUCCCAUGCAGAUACGUUUAGCAAUAUUUCAAGGGAAGGGACUUUAAUGGUGAGGGAGACCUCUGGUGAAAAAAAGCGUUCUGGCCACACAGCCAGCAAUGGCUUUGCAGGUCACAUCAAUCUCCCUGACCUGGUGCAGCAAAGCCACUCGCCGGCGGGCACGCCGACCGAGGCCCUGGGGCGAGUCUCCACGCAUGCACAGGACAUGGACUCGGUGCCUGAAUAUGGAAUGGGAAGUAGCACCAAAGCCUCUUUCACCCCCUUUGUGGACACCAGAGUGUAUCAGACCUCACCUACUGAUGAAGAUGAAGAUGAGGAUGAAGAGUCAUCUGCUACUGCCCUGUUCACCAGCGAGCUGCUCAGACAGGAGCAGGCCAAGCUGAACGAAGCCCGGAAGAUCUCGGUGGUGAACGUCAACCCCACCAACAUCCGGCCCCACAGCGACACCCCAGAGAUCCGCAAGUACAAGAAGCGCUUCAACUCGGAGAUCCUCUGUGCUGCUUUGUGGGGUGUGAAUCUGCUGGUGGGCACAGAAAAUGGCCUGAUGCUGCUGGAUCGAAGUGGUCAAGGGAAGGUCUACAACCUCAUCAACAGACGGCGGUUCCAGCAGAUGGAUGUUCUCGAGGGCCUUAAUGUCCUCGUGACAAUAUCAGGAAAGAAGAACAAGCUGCGUGUGUAUUACCUGUCCUGGCUGAGAAACAGGAUUUUACACAAUGACCCUGAAGUGGAGAAGAAGCAGGGCUGGAUCACAGUUGGGGACCUGGAGGGAUGCAUCCACUACAAAGUUGUGAAAUAUGAGAGAAUCAAGUUCUUGGUGAUUGCCUUAAAGAGUGCUGUAGAGAUCUACGCUUGGGCUCCUAAACCAUAUCACAAGUUUAUGGCAUUUAAGUCUUUUGCAGAUCUCCAGCACAAGCCGCUGCUCGUGGAUCUCACUGUAGAGGAGGGUCAGAGACUCAAGGUUAUCUUUGGCUCACACACUGGUUUCCAUGUGAUUGAUGUAGACUCUGGGAACUCCUAUGAUAUCUAUAUACCAUCUCACAUUCAGGGCAAUAUCACUCCUCACGCCAUUGUCAUCCUGCCUAAGACAGAGGGGAUGGAGAUGCUUGUGUGCUAUGAGGAUGAAGGGGUCUACGUGAACACCUACGGGCGGAUAACUAAAGAUGUGGUGCUCCAGUGGGGGGAAAUGCCUACUUCUGUGGCCUACAUUCAUUCCAAUCAAAUAAUGGGCUGGGGAGAGAAAGCUAUUGAAAUCCGGUCAGUGGAGACAGGCCAUUUGGAUGGAGUAUUUAUGCACAAGCGAGCUCAAAGAUUAAAGUUUCUAUGUGAAAGAAAUGAUAAGGUAUUUUUUGCAUCGGUGAGAUCUGGAGGAAGCAGCCAAGUGUUUUUCAUGACCCUCAACAGAAACUCCAUGAUGAACUGGUAACAGAGGAGCACUUGGCACUCACCACCAUGGCAUUACUCCUAAUUUAAAGGACAAUUAAAACACGUGGACUAACACUGUAGAGGAGCCCUGAGGAACACCACUGCCCCAGCACCGUCAGCCCCCGGGGCGCAGGCUGCGGGCAGGGAUGGACUUUCACGCUUGGACCCCCCGAGGUCUCCUGAUUACGCUGUGUUAUAGUGGGUUAUGAGUUUCCCUUUGUUGGGUUUUAUUUUGUUGUUGUUGUUGUUUUGUUUUCUUUUAAUUUUUAAUUUUACUUUACUCUUGUUUUUUCUUCGCACCCCGCUUUGUAAGAAUGGGGCGGGGGGGGGAAAGAAACAAGUGUCAAACCAGUCUGGUUUUAAUUCUGUCUGCCUGCUAGCAUCAAAUAUAUAGUAUGUUGUAAAGUUACCAAUUAAAUCUGGUGAGAGACAGCACAAUAAAUGUACCUUUUAUCUUUGUGAUGAAGGCCAUAACCAUAUAGCUGGGGUAAUUUUAGGAAUCUUUUUUGCCUUCACCGACAUUUACGUGUUGCUUUUGGCAGCAACAGCUUAAUGGAUUUUUAAAGAGGAAGAAGAAGAAGAAGAAGAAGAAAAAAAAAUAGUUGGU